GAGCCAUGUGGUUGCUGGGAUUUGGACUCAGGACCUCUGGAAGAGCAGUCAGUGCUGAUAACCACUGAGCCAUUUCUCCAGCCCGGGGUGGCUCUGUUUUAUUCCCAUAGUAAUUCGUGGGAAGCAGCCACCACAGCCAGGCCUGUAAGGUGAAAACAUCUAAGAAGACUUGGGGGCAGCAGAGAGGAAGCAGGUGCCUGGGCAAAGUCUGAGGGGUUCAUAGCAAUCGAUCAAUACGGAGGGUAGCCCUCUCAUGUGGCAGCCCAGGGCCUGGAAUCAAGAGAGCAUGGGUGGACACCCUAAGGACUAGGCAAGACACGAGAUAAUGAAAAUGUAGACAUCAGAGGGUCUUUGACUAGGUCUGUUCCCAGAGGGGUAGUUGCGCUCCACGGAACUCUGGACCCAAACACCUUACUAUGAGCGAAACGUAACUUUGGGUGAGAUGGGCGUGGUCGUGCACACCUUUAAUCCCAGCACUCAGGAGCUCUGAGUUUUAGAUCAGCUUGGUCUACUGGCAAGUUUCAGGCCAGUCAAAGUUACUUAGUAAGACCCUAUCUCAAGAGAAACAGACUAAUAAAAACAAUUUUGAAUCUAGAAAUGUGGAACCAGGGGAGUUGGGCAGGAGGUUGCUUCCACAGCUUGAAACACAUGCCGUAUUGCCAGAGGCCCGCCCAGAUAGGCCUGUCUGCAGGUAUUCAGCAACGUUGUUGAAGAGUCUCUCAGUGUGUUUAGAAAGUACAGGCAGUAGAGCGCUUGCCUAGCAAGCCCAAGGCCCUGGGUUCGGUCCCCAGCUCCGAAAAAAAAGGAAAGAAAAAAAGAAAAGAAAGUACAGGCAGCAGUUAUCAGGCGGGCUGUUCUCAGCGGCUAUAUUUGUUUCAGGGACAUUCAGAAGUUUGGGAAGGUGGGCAGGUGCAGGCAUUGACAACAGGAAAAUGAGUUGGCAGAGGGGGUCAGGCAUCCUAAGAAUCUUCCUGGCCUGUAGAGGGCGCUUCUAGUCAGCCCGGAGAUAGGCUGCUGGGUCAAGACUGCAGGCUAAGACCAAAGGGUCGAGUGGUCCCACUGCAGAGCUAGGCCAGGGCUGUGAGGGCCAGAAUGACGGCUAGUGAUGUCCCUAAAAAGGGUCAGAGCAGGGGACCAGGACCAGAGCACUAAGGAAGCUUCACCGGAUGGGCAUCUGGGGACAGAAGACAACUUGGCUUUGUCCUAUAGUUGGCAGGACAAGACAACUGUCCCAAAGGACCAAAGGUAGAGCUGGCAGUUGUAGGGACAGAGGCCUCAGUGAAGGAGAGCGCCCAACUGUCUGGAGCCUGUAAUUCUCUUGGGGCGUUCCCAAUGCAAGAGAAGGGAGCCCCAGAAUCAAUCGGCGUCUGGGGCCAGGAGACCCUCAGUGUAAAGGACCCAAGAGAGCAGGAGGGGCUAGACACUCUAUCCUUACUUGUGAGGCUACUUGGGGUACAAGAUCCGUGAAAGGCCCCACGCUCCGCCCCUCAGAGAAGUGGCUGGUUAGGCGGAGCACAUAUGAACCAGAGAAAAGGCUCUACCGAGGUAGGAGGGAUGGUGGACACGGAGGCAGGGGGAUCGUGGGGAGCAGCUGUAAGAACUCCGGCUGCUUCUACCCGUUUCUCGUCACAUCUCCCGGGACCGACUUCCGGGCCGGAUGGUGUAGGCGCCCUCCCCUACUGCAGGAGAAAUCAAACUGAGACUGGUGGCUGCCGAGCCAAUCCCGGAGCAGAUGGGCCAGCUUCGACCAAUAGCCGCAGUGAAUGUUAAUGAAAACUGACGCGGCGGCGAGCAGUGCUCCAUUCAAAAACAGCAGCUAUUGUCGCCACUGGGCGCGUGCGUCGCCUUGCAGCUUCUGCCCUCUGGUCUUGCGGGUACCGACGCGGGUGGAAGCUGGGCGCCCAUGGCCGUGGCAGCGAUGGCCGGGCGUGGCCGCCUAUCGCACGCUGCGCCCGCGCCUAGCACGGAGGGGCUACCGCGCGCCUUUCUCCAGAGUCUGCGCACCCUCUUCGACAUCCUGGACGACCGGCAGCGCGGCUACGUGCACCUGCGCGAGAUCGAGUCCCGCUGGCAAGGUGCAGACGCACGCGAGCUGCCCUGCGGCGUGCUCGAGGGCCUGCGCCAGGUAGCCCCCGCCAAUGGCUACCUGACCUUCGAGCGUUUCGUGGCGGGCUUGCGCACCUCGCUCCUGAACGCCGAUGGAGGCCCGCGGGAUCAGGCACGCGUCGCGGCCCGGCCUGGGGACCAGUCAUCCCUGCAGCAGCGCCUGAUGUUCGCGCCGGCUGAUGAGCCGCGGACUGUCCUGGAGAGAAAGCCUCUGCCUUCAAGUGCGCGCUCUGCUCCUGCUGGUCCCAGUGGCACCUCCCGGAAUCCUGAGCUGUUGUGUGUCCCGGUGGAGGCGGCGCCCUGCCCCACAGAGCCUGAGCGGCCCCUGAGCAAGACGCUGGAGCGGAUCCCCAGCGCGGAUUCGGGUCCUUCUCAGUGUGACACCCUGCAGAGACAACCCGGCCCACUUCUCCAUCCAGGCAGAGGAGGCGUCAUGGGAGCACCUAGCACACGUGCUGAGGAGUGUACAACAGCCUGCAAGACCCUGGACUUGGGCACAGGUGAAGCCCGGCAGACUCCGAGGGCCCGAGGCGAGCGUCGAAGGCAUACCAUUACCAACGGUGUGGACUGCAGCCUGUUGAAGCAAAUGAAGGAAUUAGACCAGGAACAGGAGGUGCUGCUGCAGGGUCUGGAGAUGAUAGCCCGGGGCCGAGAGUGGUACCAGCAGCAGCUGCAACGUGUACAGGAACGUCAGCGCCGCCUGAGCCAGAGCAGAGCUGCCGCCGACCUUGGGGCUGAAGGGAGCCCCCGCCCUCUGGGGAGGCUGCUGCCCAAAGUACAGGAGGUAGCCCGGUGCCUGGGGGAGCUGUUGACAGCAGCCUGUUCUGGCAGAGUUCCACCCUCGUCCUCCCCCUCAACCUCCCCCUCAACUCCAGUCUGGCAGCAGCAGACCAUCCUCAUGCUGAAAGAACAGAACCGGCUUCUCACUCAGGAGGUGACUGAUAAGAGCGAACGCAUCACGCAGCUGGAGCAGGAGAAGUCUGCACUCAUCAAGCAGCUGUUUGAGGCCCGAGCUCUCAGCCAGCAGGAUGCGGGGCCUCUGGACUCCACUUUCAUCUAGUUGGUUGUACCUCUCUAGAACGAGUGCGCGCAGACUUAGCUCAGCUCCGUGGCGUUGCUGGGAGCCUGUCUUCUGACUGAAGACCGUCAGCUGGCUUAGACCUCAGAGCCCUCGAGCGGUGCUGCUCAGAGAUGUGCUCUGCCUGAAGCUGCUACUUCCCCCCGUUGUGAGGAGUGAGUGGGGGAGGAUCAUCUCGUGUUUACCUGAUCUCAGGCAGCCCGGCAGAGAGGGGGUAUGUUUACAGCUGUCCUGACCCCUCUGGCAGGGGUCCCUGCGAUCACUGGUGUUUAGUAAAAAGUAUUGGUCACAC